AUGUUCAACACGGAUGCUGCGGACGCAUUUUACCUGCGCCUUGGCAAUACCUCCUGCCUCGACGUCUCUACAAAGAAAUACAGCCCUACCUCCUCUCGUCAAGGCUUCCUGCGGCACCGCGGUGAUAGCCUCGGCGGGCCUGGUGACUCCCACGCUUAUGCGAUCAAUGACGCGUACCACCACACCUCGCACAGCAGCAAGAUGUUAGCGUUGCCGUUUCAGUCUCAGAGCGGCUCUUCGCGUGCCUAUACGCGCCUCGAAGGAGCCGUAGAGCCUCGAACGCCGUACGAACCCGUCAACUCUUGCCCUUACCCCUCGACGACAACAGCAAACCCAUCGUCCGCCACAACAACAGGUGGCGCGCUGCACUUACCGGCCGCGCACCGUCGCGUAGGUGCGUCGCUGCCCGUGGCUGGCAGCGGUGUGUGGGAACGUGCAGACUAUCUUCCCCGUUCAUGUCGCGUGUCGUCAGCCGCGGCGCCGCCAGCAUCAGUAGUUCACUCCAGCGACGCCUCCAGGGUUACCGCGGCUACGUCCACCCGCUUUGCCGGUGGCGGCGGUGGCGCCAACCUGCCUCCCCAGCGCGUACGUGUCCUCAACCGCAACGGCGUGAAUGGCGCUCGUUUGUACGGGUCGAUGGGGGCGACAACGCUUUCUGUCGCGCGGGGUGUCCGAGCAGCUUCGGGCACGGGAUCGACUCAGCGACCCUCUAGCGCCCCUUCGGCGAUGUCGGCUGCGGCAAGCGGCCGGCGGGACGGUGCGCCUUCAGCUGCGUAUACGACGAACACCUACGGCAGCAGGGGUGAUGAGUUUGGAAGGCUUCUAGCCGCCUCUGCGUCACAAUCUCCUCUCGCCUCCGCCCCCCGCUCGCAGAGAGCGACGGAGCACGAGCUACGCACAUCAGUCCCCGUCGCUCCUUCAAUCCAUGGGCUAGCUCGCUACUCGUCCGAAGACGCGUCGGUUGCCCGACGCAGCGCAGCCGCCAGCAACGGCAGCGGCGCGACGUCAUGGACAGCGGGGCAACGGAUGCGGCCGUACUUGCCGCUGUCCUCGUCAGCAAUGCACAAGCGCACCGCGACGGCGGCAUUGGAACAGGACGAUGGGGAUUAUACCAAAGUUUCCGCCGUGCCGGCGCACUCCACGAGGUGGUCCGCAGACCCGCCAUCGUCAAUGGCGUCUGUGCGUUCAGCACCCGCAGACGCAAGCUCACCAAGGGGCACAGGGGAGUCAGCCCUCAGCGCCGGGUCUCCAAAGAGACUGCAGUCGUACAAGGUCUCGUCGACAGUCGCGGAGCAGGAUCCACGCAGCAGUGAGGCGGACGCUGCAGAGCACGACAUCGAUGAAGGCGCAGCGACGUGGUGGACUGUCGACAUCGUCAUCAACUCUGCUCCGUGCCACGGUGGCUCCGCCUACGAGGAGGCCGCAGCGAUGAAGGCGGCAGCGCUGUUGCGGUCGCCAGCCGACAUGCGCACGCUCCGGUCGGUUCAGUGCCGGGCACCGGUGCUACCGGCCGAUGCGUCAGCAGACGAGGCAUGGGCCAUGACUCAGUCUCUUCUGCGCUGUAUCGCGCUUGCAUCCGUCGGUGCCUCCUCACCGCCGUGUGCACCGCAGGGCUACUUCUGUUUCAACACAGAUUUCAACGAAUACGUGCAGCUUUCCGCGGACACGCUGCCGCUGGCCAGUGCGCUGUUCAGCGUCGUGAUGGUGGCAUCAUCAGUCGACACUGCCCUCGCGGAGGAGCGUCGUGCAGGCUAUGCAGAGAUGUCGGAUGCAACGACGGAUGAGGCACAGACAGCCUUGGUGUCGACAUCAUACCCCGCUCUUCACGAUGACUACCUGCUCACGGGCGCCGCGCCAUCAUGUAACCACGAUGGCGCGGCGCCACACCACCACUGGAAUGACGCCGCCGAGCGUGGUGCGACUGCGGUCACCCCGCGCCCCCCUAGAGGCCGUCGUACCUCGGUGCUUCGUCAUGCGCUGCGUCCCUCGUUGCAGCCGCAUAACUGGGAGGGCGUAACGCCGUCGCCGCUCCCGCCGCAGCCGUCUGCCGCCGCGGGCAGUACAAGUCGACACCGACCUGCAUUUGACGGGAGCACCAGCAGCCACCACCAUCUCACCCCAGUGGAGGAGGUGUCCCCAUACCCACAAUGCCCUCGUAGGUCCUACGAGUCGGCGGUGAUGUCGCCAGGUGCGCGGGGCGACGGCGACUCCGCCGACGUGAUUCUUACGUACGACGGCGACACAGGCGAGGACGACAGUUACCCAAUGAUCUCGUACAGUGUGGAGAGCGAUGCUGGUGGUGCAGUCUACGGUGCCGCGUCUUCUCGUGCGCCGCCGACGUCGUGCAAAGGUCCUGCGCACGGCCACUACGUGGAUGGCGAUUGUGCCGCGGGGGAGGCGAUGAACGAUGCUGCUGAUAGCCGAUGCGGUAAUGACGCCGUGGGCUACAUCGAUGACGACGGCGAAGCUGCCCCACAAGCGGAGGCAGAAGAGGCCAUUGACGCGAAUGUCGUGUGCACUGCCAAGGCGGCGGAGCAUCAACUUCGCGCGAGUUACGGCAUCAGCAGCAGCAGCAGCAGCCCUGAGGGCACCAACCACCUUCGGUGCUUUCAUAACGCACCACCCUCAUCGAAACCGUUGACGCAACCGCUGUCAAACCCCUCAACUACGCACGGUGACCCUGCCCGGCUGGAAAGGGAUAGCAAGGCCUCGCCCCAGCGUCCGCCAACGGCACCCACCCAAGGCUACAGCCGCGUAGGCGUUUUCGCGGCAAUGCAAAGACCCUCUCCAUCGGCCCUGCCCGCUGCCCCUCUACAGCCGCCGCAGCAGCACCUGUUCUUUGACGACCCCGUCCUGCAGCGCUACUUCGAGAGUGCGUGCAAGCAGGCACCACCAUCUCCACAGCACGCCGCAGGGAACGCAGAGGGCGGCAGUGGCGGCCACUACCCUAUCUAUGUGCCGUCCCCGCCGUGCGCGGUUCCAGUGCCACCAUCGCCACCACUGCCACCACCACCGCCGGCGCAUGGCGCAUACAGGCCUGGGGCGCAUCCAUACUUUAACCCCUCCCCCUCGACGGCAUCGUCCGUGCCUGGGUUUGCGCCGACGCCACCAUUCAGCGCAUGUGGCACGGAGACGCUGACAACAACAAUGAAUCGAGUGCAGCGUGACGCCCUAAAUGUAUUGCUGCAGAGGUCCGCCCAGACACGGCAGCAGGCACCCAGCUCUCGGGUGCCUUUCCGGCCACCACCAACACCAUCCUCUAGCGGUGACGUGGCUGUCUCCGCUGCCCCUCUACGAGCGACGGCGUCCACGAGGCCUCAGGCACCCCGCGCAGCGGUAGACUCCGCGGUGGACCCUGCUGCCGCCGCCACGGGUGGAAUCGCCUCCACUGCUCACUGGCUCGUCACGCCCUCGCUCAGCUCGCUCUCUCGUCCUCUGCCGCUCCUUGUGACGGGCGCCGCCGUCCCUCAGGCGGUCGCAGCACCGCCACCAACGUCAGCGGAGGAAAGCACAGAUGCACCAAUGCGCCAAGACCGCUCUCCCCCUCCGCGAAAAGAGGAGCUUUCUGCAGCGACGGCCGUCGGGGUGGAUGUACCGCGUGAAGUAGAGGCGGAUGCCUCGGUCAGCGCCCACGCUGCGGCCGCUGCGAUCGCAGCGCUCCCCAAGUCGCGCGCGGACGCAGUGGAGGCGACGUCGCAAGACGAUCAGCACAACAGGGAGGAGGCACAGCGCCAUCAUAGUACGCACACUGCACCAACUCUGGAGGGCGGGGGGAAAGACAAGGCCGCUGCCGGCAUGAACGCGGACACGGAUCAUGGCGCAGAGAGACCCACUGUUGUCACGACGGCUGCCGCAGCCGUCGAGGAGAGUAGAAAGAGCAGGGGCUGUGGUGGUGACGCUCUUGGGUGCUUGGCCGGCGCAGAGACAACACCGACGCCUGCGGCUGGCAGUUCUGCUCCAGCUCCUGCUGCAGAUGAAAGUGAUGCGGUCGCUGCCGGCGUGGAGGCGCCCAAGGAGUCCGCUCGGACGUCUCCGACAGACACCGACAUGGAGCUGCCGGCCUCCGCUGUCGAUGCCGAGGAGUUUGGCACUCUGUCUGCCAGCGAAUCAGCUGCCGCUAAGGAAAAGAACAAGAAUGACUGCAGCCACUCCCAGAACCACGCUGCCGCCCCCGAUGCGUACCCAGUGGAGGCCGGCGACCCUGACACCAUUCUCACUGUCAUCGCUGUGGCUGCUCGUCAAGCUGCGUACAAGGUGGCCGACCAUUUGCCUGAGCAGGCGACGCUGUCGCCGGAGGCGCCGUACACGGCCGCCACGGCUCGACCAGCUGAGUACCCCACGGAAGCGCCACGAGCCCAGGGCGACGGCGACAUAGCGGGCGGAGCCAAGGCGCCCGGUGAGAGUAUCCGCAAUUGCGCGAGCGCCGCCGAGGUCGUGGACAUUGCCGCGCCUGACAGCACGAGUGACCUAGGUGCCCACAUCGCGGCAGCGGAAGCUGUAGGGAAGACCCCGGCCAGUGAUUCAGCCGCCGAGCCGGUGGACGCCGGGCAGCCCGGCAGGCAGCAGGAGGAAGCAGGCUGUACCCCAGAAGACGACACCCCCGAUACCAAUGUCUGCGUGGCACAGUUGGAGGCCAGUACCUGCGCCGAUGAUGUCCCUCUAUUACUCUCAGAGAAGCAGCCUUCCUCUGUAGCAGACGACAUAUCAAUGAACGCCGAGGGCAAGCGCGAGAAGGGCGAAGAGGUGGACUUGGCCUGCCUGGCGGAGCCGGCGCUCGAGGUGUCACCAGAGGUGCACGGCGACGAGCACCACGCUGUCGUGGGUGAGGGCAGCAAGGCUGCGUCGCCGCUACAGUCCGACCACAACGCGGAGUUGAGUGCUACCACCGACAAUGACGGAAACAAGGCACUCAGCGAGGCAGGAACCUCAGUUACGCAGCAGCUAAAAAGAACGAGUGAUGCGUCAGACUCACCGCAAGCCCUCGGCUCCGACAGCGAUGACGAGAUGGCGAACGCUGUCGCGGUGGACAUGCUGUCAAGCGAGAGCGUGGUAGCGGAGAAGAACCCGUUCGGCGCGGCGACAGAAGCGAAAGCCCUUGCAACACAGCCGGAUGUAGCAGCGGCCGCUGCACCCGUCAUCGUAGGUGGCGAUUCAACCCCAUUUUUGAUGAUUGCUGCGGCGAAGUUCCUGCCGGCGCCUGUGAUUUUGGUGGCGACCCAGCGGGAGAAAGAUGAGGACCCGGAUGCGCCGCCGCAGGUGCUACAUCACCGCGCCGCGGCAGCGGCAGCGGCGGCGGCGGCCAACGCCUUCUACGGUUUAUGGGAGGAGUCGAUGACGGAGGAUGGCACAGGUGACGGCGACGACGCCGGUGGCGCCGACCACAGUGACACGACCGCCGUGGGCGGGGAUGAAGAGGAGGGAGGUCAACAGGAUCGCAGUGCCACAUCCGAGGCUGUCACAACCGCCACGAUUACGACGAGUGAGGACGACAUCGAGGGGGCAGUGGAUGUACCCAUGGACGUCUUCCGUGACUCCCUCUCCCUCACAAACACGCCAACGCUGAUCCGCCGCGACGAAGGACGCGAUGAGAACACGUCGGUCGCCGCGACGGCGAGCUUGGCAGACCCGAUCGACAUGCUGACCCGCACCAUCGGCUCCGAUAUGCGCCUGCCGCUGGCGUCGCGUGCUGUGACACUUGUCGCUAAUCCUGACGCGGGCAUAGGCUCUACGGACGUACACUUCCAUCUCCGCCAAGAGUUCCCAUCCGCAGUCGCCAGCAAGGCUACAGGAGGCGCAGCUGCGGCCGUUGGUGAGAUCGGCGUCGCCGCCGAGGCACCUCGCCAUCAUGCCGGAAACGAGGCGUCCGUGUUUUCUGCGGAAGUGGCACAGCGGGUCCAAGCUUCCUCGCGCGCAGCGCAUUUCGUGUCGCCCGCAUCUGCAUCCUCACCACCGUCGGCGGCGUCACAGCCGGUUGCGUCGCCGAACAGGUCUACGGUGCGAACCACUGUGGACGCCAAUGCUGGUAGCGAUCGGCUCUCGAGUGCGUUGCGAGAGGCAGAGGCGUCGCCCGACGCCAUCGAUGACGGACCACGCGUGGAGCCGCACAGAAGCACCGCGACGCGGGUGGACGGCCCCGUACUUCCGCUCUUUGAGGUGUCUGGUGACGUUGGCGGUGACGGCGCGGCCACCCUCAAGAUACCAAUGCCCACAGCGGCGUUAGAGGUCGGUGCGGCCGACGCCCCACAGCCGUCGCCGUUGCUGCUGCGGCCAUUUGCGCCAACGUCGCAGACAAGCAAGCCCGCAGUGCCGCUGCCACUCUCGCCGGCACAGGUACUAUCACUGCCCACGCCGUCGUUGCUACCGUCCCCGCCGCUCAGUGAAGGCGCCAUGAGGAAGACGAUGGUGCUGCUGGGCUUUCCCGGAUCGGCGUGGGAGUUCAUCAUGACCCACCACUACGAGGGUAUGCAUGACGCCUUCACGAAGGACUCUGCCGUGGCUGCCAACGUCCCCAUCUCCGCGAUUCAGGACGUGCGCUAUAGCAAGGGGAGCCUCAUGGUCGAUUUGUAUGUGCUGCACCCGGCGAGUUCCAGUGAGAACUUCAUCCGGGAUCAGAUGUCUAGCUACGCGUAUCCAACUCUCUGGGCCUUUUACGAGGUGAAGAAGCGCGAGAGGAAGCAGCUCCUGCACAGCCACAGGAUGGGCGUAGCGGGUGCGAUGCCGGCGAAGCGUCUGUCACCGCUUUUAAUGCCCACGCUUUCAUCACAGGAGGAGGUGAGCUGGACAGCCUCGUAG